UCCAAUACUCAAACACAACCUGUUAGAAGUAUGCCUCUCGUUCAUGUUAGAGUUCAAAACACCCAUUGAAUUCGAAGCUUGUCGACCUUCACUUACCCCACUGUGAUUUGUAACUUCGAAUAUUUCCUUAAGUUGCUAUAUCCGUCCAACGUGAGGGAGAAAAGUGUUGAUAUGCAGGCCGCUCCUUUUUCCCCUGUAACAGACAUAAAAAUUGUCUCUCAGAAGGAACGCUAUCCACCCGGCUACUUCAUGCUUACAAAGACUGUUCAAGGUAACGAUGGGCAGUUAUUUGACAGCACAUGGAGACAUAAAGGGAAACGUUAUCUUUGCUUUGCAAGACAGGGAGGACAGAAUGUGAUUGAAGACCUAACAGUUAUUGGUGAGGAUGAUCAUGUGCCAGCAGGAUUUACGGCACUCACAAAAGCUCAUGAUGAUGAUGACAAAGCUCUGCGGAAACAUUUUCUUUGUUUCAAAAUCAAGGCAAGCAAGACAGCUGUCAGUGCAGUCUUUGAUAUUGUGUUAAUUAACAGAAACAAAGGAGAAACAGCCCCUCCUGGAUACAAAUUAAUUACGAAUGAGGUAAAUAACUUGUCAGUGUGUUUCAAAGCAGCUCCAAUGACAAGAGAACCACCAGGACCACCUUCAGUUCAUCAGAAUCCAUAUAAUGUACCUCCUCAAAAUCAGUGGUAUGGUCAGGCUCCAGUCCCAAGUCCCCAGCAGCACCAGCUAGGUUAUCAAGCACUUCCUGCAGUGUCAGCUAAACCUGGAGCAAGUUCCGCAAUUGAAGGCCUUCCGUUUGAGGUCAAUUCCAAGUUUGAGAUGCUGUGGAAAAAGUCAGGGCCUGUGAUUCCCGCUAUGCAAAGCUUAUCUGUCAGUGACAUAGACGUAAAGUAUAACUAUGACUUCAGCAAAGAGCGAGCUGUUACAUCAAGAUGAGAGAAACAAGCUAUCUGAGUCAGUCAGAUGAAUGGUUCGUCUUGCUGUGUCAUGCAGCCGAUUCCAAUCUCUCAAAGCAUGGUUACAACUCCGGCGGCAGCAAUCGCAAUAUGCGACUGACCAUUACAGCUUUGGAAGAGAACAUAAGAUACAAAAACAUUCCGAGUUAUGUCUCCCUAAGUUUUCUAAAUGAACUGUCCAAUAUAAUUUACUCUGUCAACUUCACUCUGCUGCCAUUCUCUUCUUCAUUUUGCCACAUUAUUUUGCUCCAGGCAGUUUUUCUUGUCAAAUUCCCUCGUCCAUGUUAUGUAUUGAGCCGAGAGACUUGUUACGUCCGGAAAACCUUUUCACAAAACUGAGAUACGUAAAGGUAGUGCUUGAAGGACGCUUUUGGUGUCCAUUGAACUGUGGAACAAAAUGAAUGAAACUGGAAUAAACUAAGACAUGAAAAAGUAAACCCAAGGUCUUAAUGAUAUUUUGUGCAUUCUUGAUAUUUUGUGGUAAACAAAAGAUAUCAUGGGCAGAACAAUAGCUCUGCUCGAGUGUUUUAAAACUUCGUAAAUGUCUUAGCCGUCCUCUGAAAGACAACAACUUGAAAUUACCAAAAUUUGCGUGGUGUUAGAACCGAAACCCUGACGGCGAGUCAUUUAAGUUCCCAUUUGGAACUCAACGUUGCUUACGUGCGUGAAGCUGUAGUUGAGGUGUGGCGCUGUAAGAGAAGGUACACGCAUCCAGCUAUUCGAAAAAAAUUCUAACCGUAAAUAUAGAUUCAUUUUUUAAUCCACGUCUUCCUCGGCGUUGAGGGCCUGACCGCCAAAGAUCCCUUCUUUUAAUGUGACAAACGUGCAAAACGAAAUUACGAGGACAUCUAAAACAAUAUGUUCAACAACAAAGGAAAUGCCUAAAGCUGGUUUUUUUUAUUACCUAGUUGGCAAGAGAUAAUUGAUUCUCUUGUGUUGUCAGCUAAUCCUUAAUGGACAAAACAUUGGCGCCGUUUUAGUCAACUCGGACUCUUAGGAUUAAAGACUCUAAAUUCUGAAAAUACCGGCCGGAUUCAAGAUCGGUCAUAUUCAGAUGUAUUCAGGUGGUUUAAUUAGUUCAGGUCACUAUGCAUUUAUGCUAAUCUAUGUUAAAUAAAGGAUUGUCAUUAGAACAGGUCGCUUUCCUUUGAACCCACCGAGGGUUGAUGAGGGUCAAAGUAAUAAAAUGGUUAGUUUAGGGCGUAACUAAACCAAUAACGGAAUUAAAAUCUGACUUCAUGAUACGUAGAGUUAUUUGAUUUGAAAGUAUGGAGUUAAACAGAAAUCUUUCCUAGAGGGAAAAUUUCCCUCUAACCAGGUGUAUACAAAACAAUGGCGAAACAAAUAAAUUACUUGCUGGAUUGAUGUUUUGUUCUAGAAAUGGUAUAGGGUUUUACGUAAAUCUUUCCAAGGGCUGCCAUCCUUUUUAAUUGCCUUGAUAAUGAUCUUAAGCAAAUAGGUAGUGUUGAUUAGUCAUUAUUUAAUAUAUGCAUUUGUACUGCUGUGAAAACCGUAAGUUAGAUAACUCAUUGAGUUAAUUACGUCACCUUCGUUAACUAAAGAAUAUUGCGUUUUAUUGUAUUGUAUUAAAUAUGGGUUUUGGGUUUAAGCGUGGAGUAAAUGCAACUGUGGAAAACAUCUCAAAUGUUUGCAUGAAAAACCCUUAGGGAAGGUCUUAGUAGGCUGUUCCUUUAGAGUGGUGUAUGAAGGAGCCAUUAAAACGCGCCUAUGUUUCACAAAGAGGAUGGUCACUUGUAAGAUACUUUGAUAGAUAUGAUAUGAUAAGAUAAGAUAAUUAAGUAAUAUUAAUAACUUACCUUUUUAUUGGCUCUCUAAAGGGUGGAAAAAAGUUCAAUGAAGUUUCUUAUUUACUUCAGCAAUAGAUAAAGAGAUCUAUUUUGUCAUCGCAAUCGACUAGUAUUGCUCCAAGGGAGAACAUCUAUCUGAAGUUUCGAAAAGGUUAUCAAUAUGGACAUGCGCGUGACACUUAUACUGAUAGUCUUGGUUGCCAUGACAAUGGGACUUCAUUUGAGGAGCCGUUUUGGCUUAAAACAGGGUGAUGAGAUACAAGGUAAAGUUCUCCAGCAAGGGUGGCCCUGGAAGAAGAGAGCUUGUAAAAAAUGCUACCGUCGUUUUAUUACCACUCCCACGGACUGUUGCACUCCGGAUCAAACUUGUAAAUGGGAUGGAAAAUGUCAUUAAACCGAUGUGAGCACAAAGAAGAAAGUACAGAGAUGUUGUGGAGCUAGUGAAGAUAUUUAAACGUGCGAUUUCAUGUUCCAUUCAAGUCAGAAACUUUUCGUAACCGGUAGUAUUUUGUGUAGAAAAUAGAAUAAUAAGCUCCACUGAUCUUUGAAAUAAAAUAACUGCCUAUUGGCGUUUUUCACGGUU